AGUUCCGGGCGGGGCGUUCCCCGCGCCCGUAGCAACCGUAGCGUUCGCGGUAUCCACGGCACCAUGGCGAAAGCAACGACCAUCAAAGAAGCUCUAGCCAAAUGGGAAGAGAAAAGUGGCCAGAAAGCUUCAGAGGCAAAGGAAGUGAAACUGUAUGGGCAGAUUCCUCCCGUGGAAAAGAUGGAUGGCGCCCUCUCUGCUCUUGUUAACUGCGAGAAACUAUCACUGUCUACAAACUGCAUUGAUAGAAUCGCCAACUUGAACAACCUAAAAAAUUUGAGGAUUCUGUCUUUGGGAAGAAAUAACAUAAAGAACCUGAAUGGAUUGGAGGCAGUUGCUGAAACUUUAGAGGAGCUGUGGAUCUCAUACAACUUAAUUGAGAAACUGAGGGGUAUCCGUGUAAUGAAGAAACUGAAGGUUCUUUAUAUGUCAAAUAAUUUGGUGAAAGACUGGGCAGAGUUUGUGAGGCUAGCAGAGGUGCCAGUACUAGAGGAACUGGUGUUUGUAGGCAAUCCACUACAAGAGAAAUUUGCUGCUGAUCAGAGCAGUUGGAUUGAAGAAGCAACCAAACGGGUACCUAAGCUGAAAAAGCUGGAUGGUACUUUAGUUGUUAAAGGAGAAGAGGAAGAAGGAGCGGAAGGAGCGGAAGGAGCAGAAGGAGCAGAAGGAGGAAACUGAUGACAUUUUCUUAUUGGGUGUUAAAUUAUUAAAAUAACUCCAGAUAGCUUUGCACAUAAACUUUUAUAAAAGUAUUUGUUUUGAAGAGAAUCUUUGGGCAGCUUUUAAAAGACCAACUUAUCUCCACAAUCUCUCACCCAAAGAGUUAGUUACCAAAAAUUGCUCACACUGGUUUUGUCAAGCUUAUGAGACCUUCUGUAGAGACUAGUGGAGCUGAGUUUACCUGCUGUUUGGCUAGCAAGAGAUCUUUAUUUAAAUUAAUACACAGCUAUUUUUAAUUCCUGAUUAGUGGUGCUUGUUGUUGACUCUUGGAUUAUAAAAGAACUGGUUUAGCUUAUUUGGUGCUGCUGGCCAACACUGAAUUGGAAACUCUGAGGCCAGAAGAAUAAUGUUGUGGUUUAGAGACACCUGACGAGCUUUGUUGUGUUUAAUUUUGUCAUGGGACUUUCUCAAUAGUUUUAAUAUGUGAGUUUGCCUUUUCAUUCCUUGAAGUGUUAUGCCAAACAGGCCCCGUAGUUGCAUACGCACAAAAAAGGUAUUGGUUUGAUGAGCAUUUGUUCCUGGCUUUAAGUCUCGAAAUGGGCUUCUCACAUUGGAACUCAACUGCAUUCCUUAGAAGGCCAUGUAUAACUUAUAUAUUUAUUUAUUUUUAAGAGGUAAUGGGAAUUCAUUGCAUGGUUUCUGUAAGACUAAAAUACCUGCUAACUUUGGGUUUUGUCUCUUACUAAGACAUUAAUUUGGAAUAUGUUGCCUAUUAGCCUACAGCUGGUUUCUGGCUUUGGAUUGGGUCACUGGUGGACACAACCCUUCUUAGCUCUGGAAUCUUCCGGUAACUAAGGAGGCUGAAAGUAACAGAGAAACUAACAGCAAACAGAAGACCUGGGCUUGAGGACAGAAAAUUUUGAUUUUGGGGAUACUAAUUUUUUGUGAAAGCACAGGUAUAAGCAGUGAGAGAAAGUAUAUGUAGUUAGUGGGGACAGUGGGAUGAUGAGAUGAGAUGAGAUGAGAUGAGAUGAUGAGGGCAUUGGUAAAAAAAGUAUUGAAGAGGUACCGAAUGUGCUAUAUUGCAGGGUAACCAGUUUUAGUAAAGCACCCUUAUGUGGCUACUUCUAGUGAAAAGCAUUGAACAACCAUGAAGACACACCUGAUUUCACUGUGGGAUGCCAAAAGUGCAGUUUUUCUUCUUCUCUUUGAAGAACAGAUGGAGUCACCUGAGUAGAUUUUUCUGCAGUUCCUUUCUGUUUUUUUAACAAGUUUUCUUCUAAUUUGUGGUACCAUCUUUUUUUGAAAUUGAAGUGACAAAUAUAUCUGCUGGUUCCAGCCCAGGCAUGGAAGGGAUGGGGUCAGAAUGACACUCUUAGUUAUUUUGUUUGUGAAGGUGUGGCAAGAGUUGAAAUCUUGGAAGCCAAGUUCAGAGAUGAAUGGUAGAAUUGGCCCAGGCAACAGUGUUACAGAUCUCAAGCUCCAAGUAUAAUUGUAGUAGGCAAUUCUCUAAUCAGUUUCUAACUGAACACUGUGAAGUAAAUUAUUACAAGACAAUCACAGUUUAAUUUCAAUAUAUUGCUAUUUAAUCUGUGAUUACUGAAGGAAUUCUAAAGCAUUCUGAUUUAAGUUUGCAUUUGCUGAAGAAUUUUAUUUGGAUCCAUUACUAAAAGUAAGUCAAGAGCACAAUGGCAAGAACUCUGGACAUUCUUCACCCAGCACAAACUAUUUCCAGGCAGCUGUUCUCUUUACCAGAAACUACUUUCUUAGUUAGCUAGUUCACUUUUUUUUGUUAUUUCUUUAGAAGUAUUCUCCUAGCUUUAUUAUGAGUAAGGGCAGCAUUGACCAAGAAGCACCAUGGAGGAGUGUCUACAGCCAGCAGUCAUUUCAUCCAUCUUUUGAAGCCAAGCCACUCUGUUCGCUUGCAGCCAACCACGCUUGGCAAGGUGGAACUGUGUGCUUGGGCAGUACAGAGCCCGUGGCACACUUAGGCCCU